GUGCCUGUGCCCUCAUAACAAGUCAACAAUGUUUUGGUGGCUGUUAAUAAUAGUAUUAUCUUUGGCUUACGCGUUGAAUAAGUUCAUUUUUGGCUACUGGGACAGAUUAAAAGUACCGGGACCCACCCCCAGCUUCUUUAUUGGAAAUCUGGGACCUUUUCUUUUUGGAAAGAGGACCAUUCAUCAGUUUUUUAAUGAUAUAUACAAGGAUUGGCCUGGUUAUCCAUUCGUUGGCAUCUACAAAUCAGGGACGCCAGCUUUGCUAGUCAGAGAUCCAGAUUUGCUGAAGGCGAUCACAGUGAGAAACUUCAAGAGCUUCUAUGAUAAUGAUGUGUAUCUUGACAAGAAGAACGACCCGAUUCUGGGUAGGAACCCGUUCUUUCUAAGAGGUGAAGAGUGGAAGCAAACCAGAGGAUUGUUGACCCCUUGUUUUACAUCCGGAAAGAUGAAGACGUUGUUUCCAUUGAUAGAUAAUGUAAGCAGAAAACUGGUGAACUACAUCAACAAACAAAUCGAUGCAAACAACCCGACUUUGGAACUAAAGGAUGUGUGCACCAAAACCACUCUGGAAAACGUUGCAAUAUCUGCUUUUGGACUAGAGGCGAAAUGCUUCGAGAAUCCAGAAUCCGAAUUUAAACAACUGGCCGACAAAUUCCUGACACCCGGAGGCGUUCAAUCGUAUAAGAUGAUGUUGAUAUUCAUAAUGCCCUGGCUAUCCAAGAUCUUGUCCCUUAAAUUGGUCACCAACGAAAUUGAGACCCGCCUGGUGUCCCUUCUGGAAGAAACAGUGGAGUACAGAGAAAAGAACAACGUCCAAAGGAACGACUACCUCAACACUCUGAUGCAAUUGAGGCAGAACAACCCCAAUUUUACCAUGAUAGACGUGGUCGCCAACGCUGCGACGUUUUUCGGUGACGGCUACGAAACCAGUUCCAUAGUUAUGAGUUUCGCCCUUUUCGAACUGGCACUGAAUCAGGACGUGCAAGACAAACUCAGGGACGAAAUCGUAACCAAAAUCGAGGAGAACAACGGAGAGCUGACCUACGAGUUGGUCGCGGAGAUGGAGUAUUUGGAUGCCUGUCUAAGUGAGUCGAUGAGGACGUACCCAAUUAUUACGGUGCUCAGCAAAGUGUGCACGGAGAAGUUCACCUACCAGACCACCAACACCAAGGACUUUAAGCCUCUGUCGGUUACCAUUGAGCCGGGAACGGGCAUUUUGCUACCUUGGGGUUCGUUUUUCAAGGACGAAAAUUACUUUCCGGAUAGUGAUAAGUAUAUUCCGGAGAGGUUCCUCAAGGAAAACAAUUCCUUGUCGGAUGUUGCGAGGGGGCUUUUUAAACCUUUUGGUGAUGGGCCUAGGGCUUGUUUAGGACAAAGAUUUGGACAGCUGCAGAUUAAAGUGGCCAUGAUUCAUAUUCUAAAGAAUUUUAGGGUUAAUUUUAAUAAAAAGACUAAAAUGCCUCUGACGUUUGACCCAAUUUAUAUCAUGUUGGCCCCCGUUGGAGGACUUUGGGUCGACUUUGAGAAACUUUAAGUUGUGUACAUUUAAUAUAUUAUAUCAAAUA